AUGCGCUCACCAACAUCCCUUACUACAAUGCUAUCCAUCCUCCCCGUACUCGCUUUCUCACACCCAACCACCCUCUACAAGCUCACCGACGAUCUCUCAUAUACUUCCUUUUUUUCCUCCUUCAGCUUCUACUCCGACGCAGACCCCACAAAUGGCUUCGUCCGAUACCUUUCUCUCCCCUCUGCCAUAUCCCAAAAACUCAUCGGCUACCUUCCCGACACGCAAUCUGUCUUCCUCGGCGUGGACUACACCACAAAAGACCCUUUGGGCCGUGCAAGUGUGCGUCUCGAGAGCAAGGCGCACUGGAACCAGGGACUUCUGGUCGCGGAUAUCAUUCACAUGCCGUCUAGCGAAUGUGGCGUCUGGCCAGCGUAUUGGCUUCUCGGGACUGAUGGGAAGGGUGGGUAUGAGUGGCCACUGCAUGGGGAGAUUGACUUGUUGGAGGGGGUCAACGAUCAAGUGGGGAACGCGAUUACGUUGCAUACGAAAACGGGGUGUAUGGUGGAUAAUGGAACGCAGAUGGCUGGGAAUUCCGACGUCGUGGAUGGCUCAUUCUCGGGGUUUCUGACGACAGAUGAUUGUGAUGUCGCGGCGGCUGGACAGGAGAAGAAUGUUGGGUGCUCGAUCAAAGCGCCAGAGACAACGGAUGACGUACAGAAGAGCAACACCGAUGUAGGGAGCAAUCUGCUGCCAUCGUACGGUACGCAGUUCAACAAAGCGGGCGGUGGUGUCUACGCUAUGGAGUGGACCGAAUCCUCUAUCAGUGUCUGGUUCUUCCCGCGCGACAGCACGGCUUUCAAUACGCACUUCGGCAACGAAACCUCCUCUGACGAUACGCUCGAUCCAUCGACGUUCGGAACUCCACUCGCGCACUUCGCUGGCAAUGGUUGCGAUUUCACUGAGCGUUUCAAGAAUAUGCGCAUUAUUUUCGAUACCACGUUCUGUGGCGAAUGGGCGGGUAAGGACUGGGAGAAGAGCUGUGCUGCGAAGACGGGCGUAAAGACGUGUGAGGAGUACGUAAGAGAGAACCCGGAGGUGUACAAAGAGGCGUAUUGGGAGAUCAAGGGGUUGAAGUGGUAUCAGAAGGAGAAGGAAGCGAAGCGUGAUGCAAAGGUGUCGUUUGUUAAGACAAAAGGCCGCUGGUAUGAUGAUAUGGGUUGCAAAAAGAAGCCGGUAAUAAGAGUUUAUCGACACUUUGUCAUACACUUUCUCCUUUGGUCGUGUCGCUCAGUACGUAGUGAAGGAAAUCUUAUCAACGCUGGGGUCGAGGUCCUUGCGUGCUCCAACCGAUUGUGGGAGCGGCUUGUAGCAUUCACUAAGUGUAAAACUUUAUUAUUAAAUAAUAUAUUUCUUAACUAUUACAGCCUAAAUACUCUACUAGGUAGUUAA